GGCGUCUAAACUUCCGCGUGAGGCCGACCCGCGUGAACCUCCCUCUCCUCGGUAGUUCUUUAAAUCGCCGGACUUCAUCACUAUACUAACUUCUAUAAACACUAGGCAUACCAUUGACCCAAAGGCACAAAGUCUUGAGCUAUCCUGUCACGAUGUCAAGCGCGUUCUCGAUAUUCGAUCACUCGUUGUUGUCGGUUCAAGACACUCAUUAGAUCUUCAUGGUAAUCGGUCUAUUUGUGAUCGUCGGUACAAACAGUUCACAAAGAACGACGCGAUUCAUCGUUACAAUUAUACAGAUCCGUGACUUGUGUCUGUCGUGUAGAUCGCAGAUCAAUCCUCUGAUGCGUUUCAUGCACAAUUCAUAAUUCCAAAUGCAGAAAAGUGAAGAAUAAAACACACAAGAAUAUAACAUGUACGGAAUGCUUUUGGAGAGUGUUCAGCACUUCGUUCAGUUGGAAUACGGCGAGGAGGUGUGGAACCACAUCGUCGAAGCUGCAGGCGCCACGCACUCCGUAUUCAAUACCCGUCAAAUUUAUCCAGACAAUUUAAUGACGGAUUUAGCGGCGGCUCUCGCCGUCUACAAUGCACAACCUGUGGAAGAAGUGAUGUAUUUUUUUGGAAAAUGCUUCGUAAGGUUUUUCAGCAAUCUUGGGUACGAUUGCACGAUAAGAGCGACCGGUCGUUAUUUUUGCGACUUUCUUCAGAGCGUGGAUAAUAUUCAUAUGCAGAUGCGAUUUACUUACCCAAAAAUGAAGAGUCCUUCGAUGUACAUCACUCACGAAGAUCCCCAGGGUGUUGUUCUAGUUUACAGGAGUACCAGACAGGGAUUCACUCAUUACUUUAUGGGUCAGUUGUUUCAGAUAGCGGAAGAUGUUUAUCAAACCAAACUCAACAUCACCGUACUAGAAAGUUUGACGACGAUUCCUGGAUCUCGUAAUGUCCUCGUUAAAUUUCGCAUCAACUUUGACAAUCGUGCAUACAUAGCCUCUCAUCAGAAAAAAAACGUCCCGAUGGGUCGUCAAUUACCCCCAAUCCCUUGCACGAUUCUUCUUCGGCUAUUCCCUUUCGGAGUUCUGCUAAACAAAAACAUGUGCAUAAUCGGCGCAGGUGAAAAACUCCUACAAGCUUGGGGAGGAAAAACCAGCGUGCUCAAUACGUCGGUUACAGAACUCUUCAAACUGAGAAGACCGAAGGGAAUCGUCUUCAAUUGGGCCAAUGUAAUUUACUUGCGCUCCGUAUUGUUCGAGUUGGAACUGAUUCGCUCAGCUGAAACACAGUUCAAAGGACCCGUUUCGCCCACAUUGAGCGAAUCAGCGAGUACCAGCACUGGUUUGGGUCGAAGAGGUAGCCAGGGAGCACGCAGUAUCCUUCUGAAAGGACAAAUGCGACACAUAGAAGAAAUCAAAGCGAUCAUUUUCCUCUGCAGUCCACUGAUCAACAGUUUGGACGAACUGCCGAACAUGGGAUUAUUCUUGAACGACCUGAAUCCUCACGGAAUGGGUCAGGAAAUGGUAUUAGCUGGCUGGCAGCACUGUGGGAGACUUGAGAUGAUGUUCGAAAGAGCGGAACAAAGGUCGGAAGAACUUCAGAUCAGUUACACGCUCCUCGAUCGAUGGAAAAACAAAAGCGACGAGUUACUCUAUUCCAUGAUACCUCGGACGGUUGCCGAUCGACUGAGAGCUGGGGCGAGUCCACUUAGCACUUGCGAGUCCUUCGACUCGAUAUCCAUUUUAUUCUGCGAGCUUUGCGACAUUGAGUAUUCCACGAUCGAGGAAGUUAUGAAGGUCGUGUCAUCCAUGAACGCGGUGUUUUCUUGUUUCGACGCAUUGAUGGACGACUUCAACGUCUAUAAGGUGGAAACCGUCGGGCGCGUUUACAUGGCGGCUAGUGGAGCUCCCGACAGGACGGAGGACCACGCCAGAAACGUCGCUGACGUUGCACUCGAGCUAAUAUCACGCGUGCGUUCCCUGAAGUUGCCAUCCGGUAUUGACAUCCAGAUUCGAAUAGGUAUUGCCUCGGGUCCCGCCGUCGCCGGAGUUGUCGGCAUCAAGGUCCCCAGAUAUUGCUUUUUUGGAGACACGGUCAACACGGCAGCCAGAAUGCAAACAACUAGCGAACCAGGGAAGGUGCACAUCUCACCGCGCACAAAAGAAUUGCUACCAUCGGAACGUUAUAAAACUGAAUCCAGAGGCAACGUGUGGGUGAAAGGCAAAGGAGAGAUGGAGACAUUUUGGCUUGUAGAAAUAAUAGAUUCACCAGAUUCGAUGAACGAGGAUACAAAUACCGGUGGCGUUUUAGUCACAAGUGUAUAAUAAACCGGUCCAAAGCCACACAUCGAAUUCCGUAACAUUGCAGAACUUGCUUUCUGGGAGACUGUACAAAUAGUAAAAUUCAAUGUAUUGUAUAUAAGUAGAAACUGUACUAAUAAAUUGUCAUUUCAGGCCUAACUCGUGAAUUUACUCAGGAUUCCCGCGAGAAUCAGGAUUACAAUAUCGAUUUCAAUUGAGCUUUGUUUCAGGAUUCACGUUAAUUCGAAAAGCUGGGU